CACACAUGAUCUAGUCGAUGGUUGAAGCAGCAUUUCGUAUGCGAAAUGUGCUUUGCGAGUAUAGCCUUGCCUUGCCUUCAGCUGUUGAUCGACACCUCUUCCCUGAUUUGAAACAGCAAGUGCCAACAUUCCAUAUCUUUGGAAUAACUCCAGAAGGAAAGAAGGCAUGUGUACACGUCCAUGGUUUUCUUCCUUACAUGCUGAUUCGUGUUGGAGGCAAUUUUACGCCGACAUUGGAGCAAAGAAUGAGAGAGAAGCUCAAUCGGUUGAUUCAACGGGAAUUUGCCUCUAAGCAAGAGAAAGCAGAUAAGCAGAUCACCACCAACUACAACUACAUCUAUAAAAUUGAGCCGAUGCUGGGGAAAUCAAUAUACGGAUACCACGAGAAUCCAGAACAGUUUGCGAAAAUUUAUUUUCUCAAUCCGUUGCAUCGAACAAGGCUGUUCGCUGCACUUGCAAAAGAGGUUGAUGAAUUCCCUGUGAUGCAACCUUUUGAAGCGCACACUCCUUAUGUACUGCAGUUUUUCAUCGACAAAUCCAUAUUUGGCAUGGAUGAGAUAGUAUUCAAACGUGUACAGUAUCGCAUUGGACCUCAAAGUGACUCGCAAGAGAAGAUCUUUGGAGACCUUACGGCUGCAGAUGUUAUAAACGACACAUCGCUUCUUUCACCUCUUACGCCCAUCACUUCCUGCGCGGUGGAGUGUGAUGCGUAUACGUCGGAUAUCAUGAACGAACAAAUACAUGCCGCAAAUGUCCACUCGUGCAAUCCUGGACUGGAAUAUAUCUGGCGCGAAGAAGCAGCUCGAUGCGCGGCUCAGGGACGGAAGCUAGAGGACACGUUCAAUAACUAUACACCUAGACCUCACUGGCAAAAUAAAAUUGAAACAGAUCUGCUUAGUCGGCUGGAGGAAGUUGCUCGAGCAGUAAGGGCUGCUGGAGGAGCGGAUGUAGAAGAUUCUUUGGCAACUCAGCCAGCUCAAGAUAAUGUGCUUCCCGAACACCUUGUAAUAUUAGAUGAACCAAAUUUGGAUUCUACCAUAGCGUGGACGCAGGAUGUUACGGCUAUGGAAACUCCUAUCGAAGAUGUUAGAACUGCGGAGGAACCGAAAGAGGAAGAAGGUCAAGAAGGCAGCGAUGACGAAGAUAAUGCCCGAGAAGAUGAGACUAUGCUGUCGCAGUUGAGAGAUAGCAUGACUCCAGAAGAGGAGGAAGCGGGAGAGAGACAGUCUACAGCUUUGGAAGAUCUUUUCGAUGGCUCUCCAGUAAAGCCAAAUACCUCGAUCUUGAACUCAAGAUGGGUUACACUCGAUGUGGAUCUUCCUUUGCGCCUACGCGGAAGCAGAAACCGUCGAGCAUCAACCCCUUUUGCACCUGCUCCAUAUGGUGCAACUAUGAAGUUCGAAGAUGCUAGCCUUCGUCCGAUGCCGCUGAAUGUUUCGCUUGACGCAACAGCUCUACUCAGCACCUCAACUAAUGAGGAAGAAGAGGAAGACGUGGAUCUGGAGGAGAUUGGUUUUCUCAGUGCGGCAAGCUUGGAAAUUCUUGCACUUACCCAAACCCCCAUGCCGGAUCCACAGCACGAUCCACUACUGGGUUUUUCCUUCUGUCUGAUCUCGGAUGUCUGUCGCACCGCUUCCCCAUCGCUUCAUGUCUUCGUCACCACACUACCGGUUCACAGGGUGGAGAGUGAACAUAUUGUUUUGGUACCAGAUGAACAAUCACUAUUCAUAAAGUUGGAAGAGCUUGUAAAAGAGUCAGAUCCAGACAUCCUUUUUGGAUAUGAUACCGUACGACUUUCUUGGGGCUACAUCUUGAGAAGAGCUGUGGCUAUUGGUUUGCUGAAUUUCUAUCUUAAUAUCGGUCGAUAUCCGAGAGACAUCGAACGCCUUUGGAUCGGCACUACGAUCUUCCUGACGAUGGCUUAUGAUCGUGGUACAGCUGUUCUUUGUGUACUAAAACGAAAAUUCCCAAUUAUGGACGAUUGUGCCCUUUGCGAAGAGAUAUUCCUUAGUCCAAAGCCAAGAUACGCUGCGGUGGCUGAUUAUGUCAACAGACUCUCCUUGCUAAACAUCUCGCUUUUAUCUGAGAUCAACUGGUUCUUGAGAACAGCAGAAAUGGCUCGGGUUUACGGCAUACAAUUUUACGAGGUAUGGAGCCGGGGCUCGCAACUACGAGUCGAGUCGAUGCUUUUUCGACUUGCCCACACCCAAGGCUAUGUGCUACCUUCGGUCACUGUGCCGCAAAGAAUAAAAAUGGAAGCCCCUGAACAACUACAGCUUGUCAUGGAACCGCUUUCCAAAGUCUAUUUUGACCCUGUCAUCGUCCUAGACUUUCAGUCGCUGUACCCUUCCAUGGUCAUCGCUUACAAUUAUUGUUUCUCUACAAUAUUUGGAAAGGUUUUCGAGCUGGAGAGAAUGGCUCGUGAGAAUGGUAGCUCCAUCAAGCUUGGUGCCAUGAAGUAUACGGUAGCGAAACCCCAACUUGUGGAGUGCAGUUUGAAGAAGAAACUCCAUUGCUCACCGCUUUCGGCCGCUUUCGUUACUCCAGCCCAGCGUACGGGAGUUCUGCCUACAUUCAUGAGAGAGGUUCUUGGUGCUCGAGUCAUGGUGAAGGCGUCAAUCAAACACGCUCGUAGCAAACGCCUGCGAAGAAUUUUGGAUGCUCGACAAUUGGCUCUGAAGCUCAUAGCCAAUGUCACUUAUGGUUAUACUAGUGCCAACUUUAGCGGAAGAAUGCCUUGUGUUGAGGUAGCAGAUGCCAUCCUUGGAAAAGGCAGGGAGACCCUCGAACGAGCAAUAGCUUUGGUGAAUAAUGGCAACUAUGGCGGUGCGAAAGUGAUAUAUGGUGACACGGACAGUAUGUUUGUGCUUGUUCCAGGCGCUACGAGAGCCGAAGCUUUUGCCAUUGGAAGACGUAUUGCGGAUGAUGUGACGAAAGGGAAUCCUACACCUGUUGUGUUGAAACUUGAGAAGGUAUACAUGGGUUGUGUUCUUGAAACGAAGAAGCGCUAUGCUGGUUGGAUGCACGAGAGCGAAGAUGAUGAAGUUGGAGUGCUGGAUGCUAAAGGAAUUGAGACUGUCCGUAGAGAUACCUGCCCAGUCGUAGCCAAGGUGCUUGAGCGGAGCUUGAGAUUGAUUUUCACACGAAAUUGGCGAGGGCUCGGCAUCUACUUGGAUUCAAAACUGUCAAGGCUUCGUGAUCUGCCGUACACUGACUUUUUAUUCUCAAAAGAGUAUCGAGGUCAUUACGCUGAAAAUGGCCCCGUACCUCAGUUAAAAGUGGCAAUGUCCAUGGCAGCCAAAAGUCCUGCCCACAUAGCUCUUCACGGUGAACGCCUUCCUUAUAUCGUUACCUAUGGUCCACCAGAAGCUACAGUGAUAUCGUGUGUACGUUCACUUACGGACUUCUUGGCGGAUAAAAGUCUACAGGUUCAUACUGCCUAUUAUGCUCGUGCACAUAUCUUACCGGCUCUACGUCGGGUUACCGAUCUUCUUCUUCUUUCAAUACAAUGGCAUGCUGAUGCUAAUUCACCCUGUUUUACACCAGGCUGCUUAACUGCUGGUAGCGAUCCAUGGUGCUCGUUUUGUGUUGAACUCGACUCAGCUUUCCAGUUUGCUUUAAAUACCCUAAGCCGCGAACAGCGGCUACAAGCAAUAACACGUGUUAUCUGCAGUCACUGCAUGCGGCAACCUCUCUGUGAUAUGGAUCGGUGCCAAAAUCAUGCUUGUCCUGUGAGAAAGAUCUGGAACAGUUUGUUACGAAGCAGAGCUCCCAUAGCGGUCCGUAGGCAUCGACUUUAUGCUCAUACAAGCAUCUCAGAAUUCUGAAUCUCACUUUAUCGCUUUAACCUUCUGCGCUCUUAAACUUGGGUUCACCGACUAUAAGUUUGAGCGUUUGAGUACCUCCAUAAAUUAACUUUCAAUGACAUUUCCCGAGCUCUGUCGAAAGAGUUGCAACGUUCAUAUCUAUGUAUUAUACUCAAUACUCAAUCCUUUUUUCAUGUUUGAAAUAGUUUCUUUCGAAUCUUAUGUUGUGAUUUUAUUUCACUUUAAUGAUACUUCUCUACAUCAGUAUUUUUGCUCUAGCUCUUAUAACUUAGUCACAGCUGGAUACUGCUGGCUUUAAUGGAAUAAUCCCUGCAUUUCUGU